AUGUUUCGGUGGUAUCGCGAAGCUCAGGUCUGCUAUGCCUACCUGAGCGACGUCAAUCACGACGAUGACCACCGUGCCAAAGAGAGUGGCUUCGGGCUUUCUCGAUGGUUCACCCGUGGUUGGACGCUUCAAGAAAUUAUCGCUCCUCCAGUCGUAUACUUCUUUGCUUCAGACUGGCAAGGGAUAGGUUCAAGGCACGGCCUCCUGGAACUUAUUGUCGAUAUUACGCGCAUCCACCACAUGUUUUUCAUCUCCGGAAACCUAUCGAUAUUUCAGCGCAUGGCAUAUUGUCUUUUGGGUAUCUUCGACAUCAACAUGCCACUCUUAUACGGAGAGGGCCACCGGGCCUUUCAGAGACUCCAAGAAGAGAUUCUCAAAGAUAUUGAAGAUGAUUCCAUAUUCUACCACGGCGGAAUCGAAAGAUCCAUCCUGGCUUACGAACCCAGGAACUUUCAAAACAGCAGCAACCUGGUUGCUGGCAGCUGGCCGUACAGCUCGCAGAAUCUCAAGGGCAUCGUGGCCCGAAAUAUCUCAGUGAACAAAAAGCGAAUCGAAAUGACCGUUAUGGCAUUUCGAGACCCUUCAGGUGACUCUAACAUACUUACGGUGUUGCUCAACUGUGCAGGCGCAAGUGAUGUUGGUAGGGCUAGUUCGUGCUUGGAUUUCAUGGAGACAUCUCCAGGAAUCCUCACCAGCUUUUAUCAAGAAGGACUUGAUCGGUGGGAACAAAGAGUGACAGCCACAAUGCAGCUCAUGCGUGAGGCUCUUCCCAUGGCGAUUACCUUGGUACCAAACGGCGUCGGUUUCAGCUCCGAGUCAAAUUGGGAAACUGGGCUGGGAUUGACGCCGAAUUUGUCCCAUAUGAUUACGAUCAAGGGCCUGAUCCAAUCGUCCACCAUCUUUAUCAUAGCUGAUGUUAGUGUGCCGCGAGACUUUCUUGGUCGGUGGGAUCAGAAUGGCGACGAGGCUCGCUGGUAG